GCAGGUUUCAUCCUCCACCAUGACGUGCCCGCGCUGGGACACGGCAGCACUGGAAACAGGUGCAUUGUGCAACCACAGUCCGACGGCCUCUUCGCGCCUUGGCAUCGCAAAUCCCACGUCCUUCAAAACAGAGAAUGAAUGCCGUGGUGUCUGAGCCCAGCAGCGUAGCCUGAUCCAGAACGCAAGCCAAGCCAGAGCUUGACCCGCCAGCAGCAUGAGAUCACUCAGCGAGUCGACUGAGCGAUGGCAGCAGACCCUCAAACACAGCUCGAGCUUUGCCCACUUGCAGCAAGCCGUCCAAAGUAGUGGUCCAGAGAGCCCAUGUGUUUCGGGCUGCAGGUCGAUCUGCUGGAAGGCAUUCUUGUUGAACCAGACGGCCAACACGGCCAACUGGGCCCAUGCUCUACGCGAAUUGCGGAGCUCCUACUCCUCACUUCGGGACCAUUUUCUCAAGUACAUUAAGCACCCGGAAUACCUCAACGCUGGGAGUCUUGAUCCCUUGGCAGACGAUGUAGACUCUCCAUGGAACACGCUCCGCCACGACCAGACACUCCGAGCUGAGAUCCUGCAAGAUGUCGAAAGACUGCCUGAUGUGCCCUUCUAUCACGAGGCACGUAUUCAGACUAUGAUCCUCGACAUCAUCUUCAUUUACUGCAAGCUCAAUCCGGAUGUUGGUGGCUAUCGUCAAGGCAUGCACGAGCUGCUGGCGCCGAUUGUAUUCGUGGUCGAGCAAGAUGCAAUCGAUCCGGCUGCAGCCACUACACAAGGCUCCACUGAGCUCAUGAUGGUGGAGAUGCUCGACGCUUCCUUCAUAGAGCAUGACUCCUUUAGCCUCUUUGCCAAGGUGAUGGAACAUGCAAAGGGCUUUUACGAAGUGAAUGAAGGUCUCGACAAGGCUACUGCUGCUGUUUCAACCGCAUAUGCCAGCCCAUCAACAAGGUCAUCAAUCGUCGAGAAGAGCAUGCACAUUCACGAAGUGUGCUUACAAGCAGUUGACCCAGAAUUGGCAUCGCAUCUCACUUCAAUCGAGAUUCUGCCCCAAAUAUUCCUCAUUCGCUGGGUGCGCCUGCUGUUCAGUCGCGAGUUCCCCUUCGAGCAAAUGCUUCUUCUAUGGGACACUAUGUUCUCGAUCGAUCCAAAGUUCGAGCUUAUAGAUCUUAUUUGCACAGCCAUGCUCAUUAGGAUACGUUGGGACUUGCUGGAGGCGGAUUAUUCCGGAGCUCUGCAGCUGCUGCUCAGAUAUCCUUCGCCCGAAGCUCCUCAUGGGCCGCAUACAUUUGUUGACGACGCCAUCUAUCUUCGCAAGCACCUAAAUAGCCAAGGAGGCUCGGCAAUGAUACAAAAGUACACCGGGCGACACCCAUCUGUCGGCACCGCUGCAGCUAAACCAAUGGUAACCUCGACUCCUGCAUCAAAGCCGCGAUUGAAGCAGCCAGUGCUAAGGCCGACAAUGUCUCCUACUCGUUUCCUGAGUCAGCAGGGCAGCGUGGAAGCAUUACUGCAGGGCGCCGCCAAAGGAGUCUUCGAGCGGAGUGAGAAACUCGGCAUUAACCAAGCGGUGCGCGAUGCAAUGGUCGAGAUCCGACGCAACGUCUCAGAAGCUAAGAGCUCCAUGCUGGCGAACCGUGAUAUAUUUGCGGAACACGGCCAGGGCUCCGCUGUACAAGCGGUUGCGGUGCUCGACGAGAGGAACCAGCAGCUUGCGAAAGUGGUCAGUGAUGUUCUUACCACGUUGAAAGAACUCGUCGGCUCCGACCUUCAAGAUAAGCAGAAAUGCAGUGAAUUGCUCAAUGGUGCUACAGCCAGGCUGGAAGUUGUCAAGGGCUUCUUGGAAGACUCGACAAUGGCCUUACCUGCAGAUGUUUCUUUGCUUUUGCAAGACGGAUACGGCAACGAUACCAAACCUGCCUUGGCAUCGGACAAUGGCCACGAUGAGACAUCUAAACCCUCCACGCCGGAGGUUUCUGCAACGGGGAGUCAUGCAACGGUCAAUGGCAUUGAUGAUGCACAGACUGGCACGUCCGAGACAAGCGCGGUUGAACCAAGCGAGUUAGCAUCGUCAGUGCUAGAGACAGGGGCCGUCCAAGCCGCCACAAACGAGCCUCUAAACUCUGGCACAGCUUAUUCCACCAACAACGCAGCUCGCCGGCCGCAAGCUCCAAAUCCUACGCGCUCGACGAUUGCGCAGUCCUCAUUUGCGUGGAUGCUGGAGCCCGAUGAGUCGGCAGCGAGUCCACCUGCUCCAUCGUCGACAUUCAAGAAGAGCAAUGCGACUUCCUCGUCAGGUUCUAAUCACCGCAAGCGUCCAUCUGCUAACGCAAGUAGAGAACGUACAGCGUUUUUGUUCGGGGAUGACCCAGCUGAUGACGCUGGGCGCAGGGACGGGCUACCUGAAGACUUGUUUGGAUUGAAGCCGAUCAGAAAAUCGUAGCUUUCAUCAUGAUGCUCCCGUGAUUAGGUACAUCAUACGUUGACGGCGAAUAAAUACCAGCCUUGUGGUGCAUGAUGGCCAAUCAAAACCUCAGCUGAAGGAGAAGUCCGUCCGCUUGGUACGGUGCCUGGCCUGAUACGUUUUGGUACUC